CACCCACCCACUUUCUCCCCUCUUUUGAUCUUUGUCCUCUUCUGCUUGCGACGUGCGCAGCGACUUCUCAAAUAUGGACGAGGACAAUUUCCAAGCCGCUACAGAGGCCUUUCUGUCCUGGUUGGAGGAAAUCGGCGUGCGCAUUAAUCCCAAGAUGGUGGUGAAAGACCUCAGGUCAAAAGGCCUCGGACGUGGGGUUGGUGAGUUUUCAAUCCCUCUUCUUGAUAUCCGGGAAGCAUGGAGGGGAAGUGUAUAUACUGCUAUUUCUCCAUUUCCAUCUUCUUCUUCCGGAUCAGGAGUUCCAACCCAUUUCCGGCGCAUGUUUCUAACACUCUUCCAGUUGCCGCCGCAUCCUUCGAAGAGGACGAGAUUAUCUUCAGCAUACCGCGGAAUCUUGUUCUCAACAUGAAUACCAUCUUUGCAAGCGACAAUGCAAACUCGGGCAGAGAGGCAUUGGCUAGCAUGCCUCCUUGGUUGGUGGGUGUUGCAAGCCCAAGAUAGGAGGGCCAUAUGCUGACCACGUCACAGGCCUUGACAGCGGCCUUGCUCUCCGAAGCCCAACAACCAAAUUCGAAAUGGGCGCCAUAUCUUGCAGUCCUACCCAAGAACCUCGAUAGCCUGGUAUUCUGGUCCGAUACGGAGCUUGCGCAGCUACAGGCCAGCACUGUCGUAGGGAAAAUCGGGAGGGCGGGUGCUGAGGAGAUGUUCUCCAAAUACCUCGUGCCACUAGGACUUGGAGAGUAUAACAGCGAUAUGUACCACCGAGUUGCAUCAAUCAUAAUGGCCUACGCAUUCGAUAUCCCGGAAGAGUCAACUUCCAAGCAAGAUACCGGAGUUGCGGAGGGGGAGGCCGAUGAUUUGGUUUCAGAUGAUGGAGAAGACGAGAAAACCAUACUCUCCAUGAUCCCACUUGCGGACUUAUUGAACGCAGACGCAGAUCGGAACAACGCACGUUUGUGUUGUGACAAUGAAGAUUUGGAAAUGAGAACCAUCAAGCCCAUUUCUGAAGGCCAAGAAAUCUUGAAUGACUACGGCCAGCUUCCAAGGUCCGACCUACUACGCCGCUAUGGUUAUGUGACGGAGGAUUACUCUUCUUACGAUGUUGCCGAGAUAUCAACAUCACUUGUUACAUCAGUAUUGGGUGCCGAGCGAUUGAGCCUACCAAAUGGGAGUCACUUGGAUCCAUUGAGCCACGGCGACCUGGAAAAACGAAUCAAUUUAGCAGAUAGGGAAGGCGUCCUCGAUGAGACCUAUGAUCUCGUCCACAGUGGACAAGAUGGCCCGGCUGUUUCAGACGAACUUAUUGCCUUGAUGUACCUACUCCUCUUAGAUGAGGACAAUCUGGAAGCGAUUAUUACGGCAAAGACUUCCCUACCCAGCCGCUCAAAAAUAGCAACUGAGCUUGUGGGCCAAGUACUGGCGGUAUUGAUCCAAAGACGAGAACACGAGUACGCAACUACUAUGGAAGAGGACGAGAAAUUGAUGCUUGCUGGAAACCUUCCGAAGCGCACCGAAAUGGCAAUUCAAGUCCGGCGUGGAGAAAAGAAAGUUCUGAGGGGUGCCGUCAAUGAGGCAUUUUCAUUUUCGGGUGCAAACAAACGCAUGCGAAUUGGCCAAGAAUCGCCGCGUAACGACUCGAAAGGGGCCAACGGCCGAAAACAAACCGACGACACUUGCCAUCCUACAAAAAAAAGACGAUUCAAUUGA